GACUUGGCAGCUUUUUUUUUUUCUGCCUCUGCGUGCGGUCUCCCUGUGUCUGUGACCCUUCCCUCUCGCGUGGGCUCUCGGCCUCUCCCUAUCGCGUGCCUAUCGCUCUCUCUCGGCGUGCGUCAGCCAGGCAAACCGCCGGCGCCCUAGCUAGCCAGGUCUUUGUCCCUUCGCCAGGCCUUCAUCGGGGACUAGCACACUGCACACGCACCCACUAGAUGUCUGCGCCGAACGGUCCAGCGGCUUGUCCGAUGGUGUACCCUGUCUACCUUACCGGGGCAUUCCCCCAGCAAGCAGGGGAUGACCAGGCUCAAGGUCCGGGGAUAUAUGCCAUACAACAGAACCAGUUAGCGGCUGCGAUGGGAAUGGGGUGCUAUGCUCCAACCACACUCAUUCCACUCGCUUACAAUAUCCCAACGGAAAGCGUCGGAGCUUCUGCUGGUGAAGAGAAUGUACAGGAUGCUAGGCAGCAAAAUGGACCUCAAAGACAAGUUGUUGUGAGGAGGUUUCACUUUGCUUUUCAGCUUGACUUGGCCCUGAUCAUCAAACUAGCCGCUGUUGUGUUUCUCUUUAGCCAGGAAGGCUCAAAACAAAGGCUGUUUCUUCUGAUACUGUUUGCCUCAUUUAUUUACUUAUAUCAAACCGGAGCUAUUACACCUUUUCUAAGACGGCUUCAGCGGGCAGGAGGUGCAGCUGCUCAUCCACCACAGGCUCCUGCUCGGGUCGAGAACCGUGCUCCUCUGCCUGCCCAGAAUGAUGGCAAUGAGCAGCCCAAUGGCCCUGCAAACCCUGACCAAGCUGCGGAGAACCACGAACAAGAUGCUGCAGCUGGUAACGAGAAUCCGCAAGAGGCAGAGGUAGAAGGCAAUCGGCGCAACUGGCUUGGAGGUGUCUUGAAAGAGGUCCAGCUGGUUGUUGUAGGGUUUGUCGCAUCGCUUCUUCCUGGUUUUCAGCACAAUGACUAGCCCUCGUGUCGUCACCGUGGAAUAAGCUACCAGCAGUGAAAUAGUUAUGGUGACAUACUGACAUAGGGGAAAUAAUUAUAUGAAGCAGCUGAAAGGUUUCUAUUAUGCAUCUUUGCUGUUAAUAUUGUUUUGUUUCAUGUUCAAAUACUUUUUGAACCAAUCCUGUCCUUCUUCCAGCAAUACUUGCAGCUCACAUGUAAAUGUAAAGACUAGCCUGACACCCCCAUCAAUUGAACUAUUGUUUCGUUGCAG